AGGUUAGCUGUCAAAAUACCAGGAAAUAGGGAGGAUUGUUUACCAACUGGUAUUUUUUAUUUACUAUCAAAACCAUUUGUGUUUCAAUUUAUAUAAACAAUAAAGAAAAAUGGCAAAAGUUAACCAAGAUCUGCUACAAAAGUUCCAAAGGGCCGCAUUAGCCCCCAUAAGACAGGAAGGAGACGGACACGAAAUAAAAGUGGACGUAAGAGAAGACGAAGAACAAUCCAUCAAACACCAGGAAAUAAUUGACCUACUUGUGGCAGCGGGUUACUUUAGAGCUCGAAUUAAGGGACUCAGCCCCUUCGAUAAAAUUGUUGGUGGGAUGAUAUGGUGUAUUGAAUCAUUAAGUGUGGACGUUGACGUAGAUUUGCUGUUUCAGGAAAAUUCAACUAUUGGGCAAAAAAUAGCAUUGACUGAGAAAAUUGUGGCGGUACUACCAAAGAUUCAAUGCCCCCAUAGAAUUGAACCUCACCAAAUUCAAGGUCUGGAUUUUAUACAUAUCUUUCCGGUGAUACAAUGGCUGGUAAAAGUUUCCCUAGAGGCCAGACAAGAAAAAUCAGAGUUCGUACGCUCAUAUGCGGUCAGUCAAUAUGAUAAAAUGUUCCCUAGUAAAGAUUUAACAGUAAAUGAUAACAAAAAUGUUAGAAGAAAUCUUGAUACAGUUGAGGAAGUUUAUCGGCCACACAGGUAUUUUAAAAGGAAAAAUGUUCCUCCUCCUGACAUAUUAUCAAGGGUGCAAAUCACUUUAUUAGAGUAUGGGUUUAGAGGAGGAAAUAAAAUUAGAAAAAGUGAAGAAGAUCAGAAAGAGGGUGAAACAAGUACAGAAAGUUUGCAAGAAGAACAGCAAAAGAUUGAAAAGCUUUUGGCAAAUUUGGUUGUAUUUAAUGAGGAUGAGUUACACACAGAAGAACUAACUGAAGAAGAUAAACUAUUACUUAUGAAACAUUAUUCAUCUCUAUGUUCAGAUUUAAAGGAUGGGGGGCUGAAGUCAAAGGAAGCCCAACAACUUGCCACUUUAGAAGAACAAAACAAAUUAUUAGACGAAAAUAUUUCCCAGUUACAACUGAAAAAAUCAAAAUUACAAGAUGAGUUAGAGAGUGAAGGGAAACUUUUAGAAGAGAUACGUAUGAAGCAAAAAAAAGCUAAUGAGGCUUUGAAGGAGUUUUCUGAGGAAGAGCAGAAUAAUCCUAGUGCAAUAAAAGAAAUUAAAGAUUUGGUCAUUUUAAAUGACAGUUUAAAGGCUCAAGAAGUUAGUUUUAAGGAAAAUUGUAAAAGGGAGUUAGUGAAACUGCAAAGCGAAAUCGAGGAUCUUAAGAAACUACACUUACCUGUUGUAUUUACUCCUGAACAAUUAAAAGAAAUUGAAGAACUAAGUGAAACGAUUCGCGGAGUGAGGUUAAAGUUGGCAAAGAAAAACCAAAUAAUUUCGAAACUGCAACGUCAAUUGGACGAUAUUCCUAAUAGAGCGGAAAUGACACAGUAUCAGAGGCGCUUUUUGGAGCUCUACAAUCAAGUCGCGGCAAAACACAAGGAAACAAAGCAAUAUUUUAGUCUAUACAAUACUUUAGAUGAUAAAAGGAGGUAUAUGCAAAAAGAACUGUCUUUGCUCAAUUCAGUUAUUGAGAGCUAUCCAAAGGCCAUGUUAUCAGCCGCUGGUAAAGAGGAAUUUUUAAAACAAUUUCAAAAUAUCGUAGACAGUGUCAAGCAAAACAGAACGAAAAUAGACCAACAGUUGUUGGAGGAAAAGAAAAAACGGGAUGAAGUUGCUAAUUCUUUACAGAACUUGCUGGAACUACAACGCACCUACGCCAACGCCGUAAAACAACUUACUGCGGAAUGUAAAAAAUACGAGACCCUUUUGGCUGGAAAAAAUAAUAACAUAGAAAAUUAGUCGUAUAUGUACAUUAAAAAAAACACUCAAUUUUAAUGUGAUAUUAUAUUUGUUUUUAAUGGAAAAUAUUGCAAUAUUUAUAUAGUUCACAAUAAACAGUUGUUUUUAAACAAACGAUCAUUAAUAACAAAAGAUUUAUUUUAA